AUGUUGGUUAAAAAGAACGAAGACGGCACCUUAGGCCAUCGGGUUUAUCGAAAACCAAUACAUAGAUCGUUACUUCAUGCCACCUCUCAUCAUCACCCGACUCAGAAAAAUUCUGUCAUCAAUUCAUUAAUAUACAGAGUCUUAACAAUUUCUGAACCAACUUCCCUGAAUGAAGAAUUAGAACAUCUUAACCAAGUCUUGACCAAGAAUGGAUACAACAGCAAAGACAUCAAUCGAACAACUGAAAGGCUAAAAAACAAAAUUUCCAGUUCUACAAAUACGAGUACAUCAAGUGAAAAAGAAGAAGAUAAAAAAUGGUCCUUCCGUAUCUUUAGGGUACAACAGAAUGCAUUAGCAGGAUCCUGGGUAAACACAACAUCAAAACUAGAGACCACAUUGCACUUAGAAACAUCAGGUGUAUACAAGACUCCUUGCUCCUGCAGAAAAGUGUACAUAGGAAAAACUGGGAGAAAGAUCAGUAUACGAAUUAAGGAACAUCAACGGAGUGCUAAGUACUGUUAUUUUAGUCAAUCAGCUUUGGCAAAACAUUGGAUGGAGACGAGACACUCGGUACAAUACGACAAAGCAACCAGACUAGUCUCCUCGCACAGCUAUUUCGCCAGGAAAUAUCGUGAAACCCUAGAAAUUCUGAAAUAUUCCGACAACCUCAACAAAGGUUGUCUAACAAACUACGACAAAAGUUAUCAAACAAAUCCUAUUUGGCAUCCUUAA